AUGAAGAAGACGUUACUCUUGGUUUUCAUCCACGGGUUCAAGGGGGGUGACGACACCUUCGGCGACAAGGACGGCUUCACGGAGCAACUCCGCGCAGACCUCGCCGCCGCGCUGCCCAAGAUCAAUGUCAAUGUCAUGGUGUACCCCAAGUACGAGACGCGCGGCGACUUGGGAGAUUGCGUGAGCCGGUUCCGUGACUGGCUCCUGGAAAAGGUCAUCGACCUCGAGGUCGCCAACGGCACGCCCUCGCCCACCAUCGACCCCUCGGUGCGCAUAGUGCUGGCCGGCCACUCCAUGGGCGGCAUCGUCGCCGCCGAGACCGUCAUCGGGCUCACCUCGGACAAGCCCAUUUAUUCGGAAGACGGGGUCGAGAAGAAGGCCGCCGACGACCCGUCGAUGCCCGCCUUCAACACCCUCAUGUUCCCCUAUAUCCAGGGCGUCAUCGCCUUUGACACGCCCUACCUCGGCAUUUCGCCCGGCGUCGUCGCCCACGGCGCUGAGGGCCACUACAACGCCGCCAACGCCGCCCUGACGCAGCUCAGCGGGCUGGGGACGGCCCUCUGGGGCGCCAAGCAGCAGCGGCAGGCCGCCCGCGACAAGGCUCCCGUCGCCGCGCUGCCCGCACCGCCCACAAAUGCAUCCCAGCAGCAGCAGAGCGCGUGGGGGAAGUGGGGUAAGAUCGCCAUGGUGGCCGGCAGCGCGGCCGCCGUGGCGGCGAGCGCGGGCGCGGCGUACUACAACCGUGAGCAGAUCACCCAGGGCCUGUCGUGGGCGACGUCGCACCUCGAGUUUGUCGGGUGCCUGGCCAAGGGCGCCGAGCUGCAGAAGCGGGUGCAGUACAUGGUGCGGCUCAACCAGGAGCUCGACAUCGGCUUCGCGAACCUGUACACGCGGCUGGGCAAGGCCGCCGGGUCCAAGGAGGUGAGCGUCGUCGGGACGGUGCUGGGCAGGGACCGGACGUUCUGCAACCUACCCAAGAAGGGGGGCGCCGGGGUGUGGGAGGCCGCCGUGAACGAUGCCGCCACGGAGGAGACGCAGGCCCAUAUGAAUAUGUUCGAACCAAAGAUGAACCCGGGGUACGACAAGCUCAAGCAGGACGCGGCGAACCUGAUUGCGCAGUGGACGCGGAACGAGUGGUACGAGACGAGUGAGGAGGACAAGCUUGCGAUCAAGGAGGCGGGCGAGAGUGCUACUGCUUGA